AAUAAUAUGAAGAGAAUAGACCUAACGACAUCCUAAGAAUGUUGGCAUUGUAGCUACUCUGCUGUGGUUGGAUAUUAUUUACUUUUUUAUUACUUGGUGGUGUGAGCAUGGCUUCCGGGAUCUAUAUAAAUGCAGGUCUCGGACGAAUGCAUUUGAACAUUUUGCAAAAUGGAUUCAAGAUCAGUCUUGCUGCUUUUUCUGUUGAUAACAAGCUCGACAGCAGCUGACCUGUUGCUCUGGGCGGAGGAAGUCGACACAGAUAACCCAUCUCAACCAGAGGCUAAAAUCCAAACAUUACCUGCAGACCCAACAACAUACGCGCCGGGCUUAAUCGCCACCGGAGAAAUACAGACUGCAUUCAAGUACAAUGUAGUUCCGGGAAAGUUCGUCGCAUUGGACACCGACCACCAAGACCAGGUGAUAUUUUUUAGCGCCUCCCUACGUACGGCAGUUUACAAAGGAACAGUCAAUGCAGAAAGUAACAGCGCCAAUAGGGUGUUUGGGGGAUCAUCUAAUAGAGUGGAGGGAAUUGCUGUAGAUUGGCUUGCCAAAACACUGUAUAUCAUCGAUCAGACCUACAAUUGGAUUUUCCUUAUUAAUCAUAGAGAACCAAAUCGCUAUGUUAUUUUGGUGAGAGAUGGGUUGGAUAAACCACGUGGUAUAGCUGUUCAUCCAGCAAAAGGGCUUUUGUUUUGGAGUGACUGUGGUGAUAUACCAAAGAUUGAACGAGCUAAUCUAGAUGGUACAAAUCGAACAAGCCUCAUUACCACUGGUAUUAAGUCACCUAAUGGGCUCUCAGUCGAUUAUGUAGAGAACAGACUUUAUUGGACGAACGUCGAUGACUCGUUUUCCAAGGUAGAGUCAUGUGACCUCGAUGGGAGUAAUCGACGCGUUCUUUUCUCACAAUCUAGUUUAACGGCGCAAUUCUUUAAGUUGAAAGUUCACAAGGAUUAUGUGUACAUAACCGAUUGGAAUCGCAAGUUAUGGUGUGUUUUUAAAACUUCUGGUGCUGUCUACUUCAGCUUAAACCUUAAAUCUCGUCCUCAUGGUGUGACGGUGUAUGGAGAUGGUGAUCAAGAAAUUCAACCAUCCCCGUGUUUGACUAACCCUUGCUCACAAAUAUGCACCAGUGGUGAAAAUAACUACACGUGCGUGUGCAGAGACUCGUAUUUUCUGUUACCUGAUGGAAAAACCUGCCAAAAAGGUGAUUUUAUCGGCACACCACUUUUUCUUUUCUCAAACCAAACAUCCAUUGGUAAGCUACCUUCUAACUUUCCCAAUACCGCCUAUCCAAAUGACUUUACUGUUGAUGGCUUCCUUAACAACCAGCGUUUCGUUGUGGCCCUGCAAGUGGACGUGGCACGCCGUCUUCUGUUCUUUUCUGAUGUAGUUACCAGGUCAGUGUUCAGUUUAGAAUUAAAGAAUGGAGGUAAACGUAAAGUAGUUGCUGGACAGUUGGGAUCAGUACAAGGAAUAGCUGUUGAUUACCUUUCACAAACCUUGUACUGGACCGAUUCUACAAAACAGCAUAUCAUGGCCUCUUCGUACGAUGGGAGGUACCGCCUCGUUCUAAUAGAUACUGCUAUAGUGCAACCUCGAAGUAUUGCCGUGGAUCCGAUUCAACGGUGGAUGUUUUGGCUGGAACUUGGAUCGCAACCACAGAUUGAGCGAGCUAGACUUAAUGGAAGUGACAGGAAAAUGAUUGUAAACACUCGGUUGGGUGCAGCUAGUGGAAUACACUUUGAAAAAUUCUGGUUCAUUGCAUUUCUAGGUUAUACUUUGCUGAUAGAUCGUCCGGUGCUAUUCAGUCGGUUGAUUAUGACGGAGAGUCAAGGAAAGUAG